AGGUAACUUUGUCAGUAUUGUACUGGACUUAGAGCAAGUGUGUGUGUGUAUGUGUUUGUGCCAAGUUUUGUUGCUAUACCAGCUAGCUUAUGUUUCGCCUGCAAGCAACGACAGCGACAGCUGAUGAUGGACAUGGCACGCAAUUUGUCUGGCAAAUAAAUAGUUUUUAAAACGAACACAAAAAAAAACAAAACGUAAUUACCUUACAACAACAACUGCAACAACUACCAAUCACGCAUCGUGCAAUUCGCCGCAAAACAAAAGCAAUUCCAUACAAAAGCCAAAAGACAACAAAAACGUGCGCAGGCGCACAAAAGAGUCACAAAAAACAGCAAGAAACAAACGCUUGAAAUACUCAGUACUGCUUGCAGUUCCAGAAUAUAAAUUCAAGUGAAAAUUGGGGGCCACACUUACUAAAAACAAAAGCAACACAAAUUGGCAAGCGGAAACUGCCUGGCGGCCACUGACAACAUUCGUAAAGCGGUCAAGUGGCAGCAACGGCAACGUGAACGGCAGCGGCGACACUUUCGAUAGACACUGGUGUUAAUUGCAAAUUGCAGGAACAACAACAACAACAACUACAGCACUAACAGCCGCAGCUUUAACAGCAAGCAUGUAUCGGCCAAAUUUCUACGAGUCCACCUGCCUGCGCUGCAGCGAGACCGUCUAUCAGGUGGAUCGUGUGGGGCCGCUCAAGGAUUUCACAUUCUUCCAUUCCGGUUGCUUCAAGUGUGUGCACUGUGGCACCAAGUUAACGCUGAAGACAUAUUUUAAUAAUCAACACAAACAGGACGAUAAAGAGGUCUAUUGCAGUUCACAUGUACCAAAGAGCGGACCUGGUCAUCUUGAUCAAACAUCUGUGGGUAUUAGGCAAGCUUUAAAUGCGCCGCGCACAAAUAAAUUUGUGAACGAGCAGAUACGUGGCACACGUAGCGAGAUCGAUGGUGGUCUGGGCUCACGUCAAUCAACGCCGAAUGGUUAUGGCAACCGUGAUGUUAGUUCCCCGUCUCAAAACGACUCGGACUACAAAUAUGGACGGUUCGAUGCCAGUGCUUUGCAUAUAGCGCAUGCACUGAAACAAACUGAGAUACAAAAGGCCUACAAUAAGGCGCGUGAGAAGCCAAUUGAUUUCUAUUUGGCACGCGAGGAGCAGGCACGCCUCGAAAUGAAGCAUCGCAAGGAGGAGGAUGACUUGUAUCGGAAAUUUGCGCGCAAGCGCGAGGAGGAGGACCGCAAGAUACAAAGCGAGUUUCAGGACGAGUGGGAGCGUGAGCUGCAACGCCUGACGCAUAAAUUCGAAAAGGAACUGGCGACCUCACGUCGCAAUCGCGACGAACAGAACAUCCUGACACUGCGGCACGAGCAGCAAAAGGAGGAUCUGGAAAAGAAUAUGACGUUGCGACGCAGCAAGAAGAAGGAGAGCAUUACGCGCAAGAUGCUCGAGCAUGAGCGCUUCGAAACGGCCGCUCUGGUCGAUCGACAGUCAAGCGAAAUGUUAGAACUGAUCAGUGCCCGUCGCUCCGAGUACAUGCAGAGCGAAAGCAUCUUCCUUGACGAUGAGUUCACAGAGGGUGCCGUGCCCAUUGAGUAUCCGCUGAAUGCGCCUGUACCUGCUCCGCCAGCGGUUAGCAAGUUCCAAAUCUAUACGGAUCCUAUUGAGUUCGAGGAUGUGGAUCGCAUUGCCAUUUCGGUGGCGCAGGAAGAUCAGAAGACGUUCACAGAUCUUGUCCGACAACUCGUGGGUCGUUGCACCACAGACAUUGAGAAGGCGCGUACCAUUUUCCGCUGGAUAACCGUCAAAAAUCUGAAUGCCAUGCACUUCGAUGACGAUUUACGCGGCGACACACCCAUGGGUCUUUUACGCGGCAUUAAGUACGGCACCGAAAGCUACCAUGUGCUGUUCAAGCGUCUGUGCAGCUAUGCCGGCUUGCACUGCGUUGUCAUCAAGGGCUACUCCAAGAGUGCCGGGUACCAGCCGGGCGUAAAGUUUCAGGAUUCGCGUUUCCGUAAUUCCUGGAAUGCCGUCUAUGUGGCCGGCGCUUGGCGUUUUGUGCAAUGCAAUUGGGGCGCACGCCAUCUGGUCAAUGCCAAGGAGGCGCCUAAACAAGGGCGGGGCAAGAACGACAGCUUGCGCUAUGAGUACGAUGACCAUUAUUUCCUUACAGACCCGCGAGAGUUCAUCUACGAGUUCUAUCCACUUCAGGAGGAAUGGCAGUUAUUGAAGCGACCGAUUACAUUACGGGAAUUUGAGAAUUUGCCCUUCGUCCGUUCGUUGUUCUUCCGGUAUGGUCUGCACUUUGCGGACGAGGGUUACGGAGCCGUGGUAUUCACUGAUGAUACAGGCGCGGCCACGGUACGCAUUGCCAUGCCGACGGAUAUGCAGAGCUGCCUAAUUUUCCACUACAAUCUAAAAUUCUAUGACAGCGAUGAGGAGCUUUCCUACGAUGGCGUCUCGCUGAAACGCUUCGUCAUGCAGUCGGUCAUUGGCAACAUUGUGGCCUUCCGCGUACACGCGCCCUGCUCAGGUGCCUUUCUGCUGGACAUAUUUGCCAAUGCCGUGACGCCCCAGGAAUAUCUUACCGGGGAGCCCAUGAAGUUCAAAUCCGUCUGCAAGUUCAAGAUUUGUUGCGAGGAGUUGCAAACGGUCAUGGUGCCGCUGCCGGAUUGUGCCAGUGGCGAAUGGGGACCUACAAAGGCGACACGGCUGUUUGGUCUCAUACCCAUAACACACCAGGAUCCGCUCAUUUUUGCUGGACGCAGCCUGGAUCUGCAGUUCCGCAUGUCCCGUCCGCUGACCGACUUCAUGGCGACGCUGCACAAGAACGGAAUCGAGGAGAAGAAACUUGCCAAAUAUGUCACUCACAAUACACUCGACGACAUUGUCACGUUUAUUAUCAAUUUUCCGGAAGAGGGACAGUAUGGUCUGGAUAUCUAUACGAGGGAACUGGGCGCCUCACAGCAUCAUCACAACAACAACUCCUCCACAUCGACGGGUGAGAAGCAUCUGCUGACACAUUGUUGUAAAUAUUUAAUAAACUCGUCCAAGCGGAAUUAAUUUAACAAUAAAUGAUUAUAUUUACUGGAUAGAUAAAUAUUGAUAUAUUCUAUAUGUACGAACUUUUUUGUUGACUUUUAGUUCAUAAUUAUGCAACAAAAUCUGACAAAAUGCAAUAUUAUUUAUAAUGUAGACAUAAGCACGAUCAUUUCAAAUUCUGUUGUAAACAUUAAACAUACCAAGCAGGUGCUAAAUUGCUCUAAAACAUGUUCUAUAACUUGGUUAAUUUCACCCCUGUAAUAGUUUCAUAAGUACUUUAUAUCCAAUAUUAUUUAUAUAAAAAAAUAUUGGCAAAACAUGCAAUCGAACCAUGUAAAUACUCUAGAGUCUAAUCAUUAGCCGUAAAAUGACUUUAAUAUAAUUUAAACAACUCUUACAUCUAAUUAUUAUUGCUUAAAUUAUUUAUUGCAAAUGUCAGCACAUUGUCAUAUGCAGAGUUUGCCUUUCAAAUAAUAAUAUGUAAUUCAAUUUGCAAAUUCAAUGCAAUGCA